AUGGCUGCCAUGGCGGCGAUGGCCAAGCAGGGAAGGCGGCCUUCGAUGGUCGUUGACCCCAACACGGGCGCUAGCCCCGGCGUUGCCGGGCGCAGACCCUCCACCGUGGAACUCUCUCAGGCCAACCUGGUCAACCCUGCCUUUGAGAAUCUGCCGCUGACCGAUCCGACGCUGGCGGCCGCCGGUGCUGCGCCGACGCAGACGCCGGCCAUGGCGCACGCCAUGAACCAGGGCAUGCUGGGCGGGUUUGGCCAGCCUUCGGCGCCGUCGACACCGCGGCGACCCAGCCAACAGCAGGUAGCGCAGGUGGCCACCGCUGGCGUCGCCUCCGGUGGUCCGAUCAUGGCUCCCGCUGCUCCUACGGCAACACCAGGUGCUGCGGCGGCGGCGCAGCAGCAGCCACCGCUCUCGCAGCCGCCGGCGCAAGCCCCUGCCGCCGCGCAACCCGAUCUUUCCCACCUUCCGAUGGUGCAGGGCGGCCCGCCUCCGCGCGAAUCGGCGGUGGGACUGCCCAUCAAUGGUUACAACACACGCGUCACCAAGCUACCUUCCUCGGGUGCGGCCUCGCAGCAGAAGGGCGGGCCGGACGGUGGAGACGGACAGAGUUCCAAGGAGGCGGCAGGCGACAAGGACGGCGCCGCCGAAGUCCCGGCCUGGAUGCCGCUUACCGCCGAGCAGGAAGAGGAGCUGCUCGCCUUUAUGCAGCGCGACAAGGAGUACGAGUCGCUCUACCGCAAGCAGCAGUCGAACAUGGAGAAGAGCAUCAAGGAGCGCAUCGACGCCGUCAAGCCGCCCCGCAGGAAGGUGUCGGACGGCACACUGACCAAGCCCAAGCCGCUGGCGUGGUGGGAGAGGGCCGAGGAAGAGGACUUCAGCGGGCUUAACCGCGACGGCCUCUUCGAGCCGUUCCGCAUCCUCUUGCCUUCGCAGAAGCGCCUCGAGCUCGAGCAGGGCCAGCGCGGCUCGCGGCCCACGAUUGCGCUCGACAAGGCCAAGGUGGCCGCCGUCUCGGCGCUCGAGGAAGACCUCGUGCCGAUCCGGCUCGAGAUUGACCACGAGCACUGGAAGCUCCGCGACACCUUCACCUGGAACGCGCUCGACUCGCACAUCGACCUCGACGCCUUUGCGAUGUCGAUCUGCGAGGACAUCGGCCUGCCGGCAGCCGUCUUCGUGCCGGCGAUCAAGGAGCAGAUCAACGCGCAGAUCCAGGACCACCUUGCCACCAAUGCGGUACGACCCCGCAAGAACCGCACGGCGUCGGCCGGCAGCGGCAAGGCCGGUACCGAGGGCGUGCUCGACGGCAAGGACCUGCAGUGGUGGACGAGAUGGCGCCGGACGCUCGACGAAGGCCCGCAGGCGGCGAGGAAGCGGAAGCGCGCCAGCACCUCGAUCACGGCUGCGCGUGGUAUGGCCAGCCAGCCUGCUGCGGGCAUCCCGGCCGACGGUGCUGACGGCGCGGACAUGCAGGUGGACGGCGAGUCCCAGCGAGUCGAGGUCGUCGACAGCGACAGGGACGGAGGCAAUGGUAAGGGCGGGGACGGAGAUGACGAGGCCGAGAUGCCCGACGUCAGCAACGUGACGCCAGCCGAAGAGCUGCGCAUGGUCAUCAAGCUCGACAUCACCGUCGGCAGCAUGAACCUGGUCGACCAGUUUGAGUGGGACGCCGGCGAGACGGAUCCGACCGCAGCCGAAACGUUUGCAGAAGCCUUCGCGGCAGACCUCGGCCUGCCCGGCGAAUUCCGGACGGCCAUCGCCCACUCGAUCCGCGAGCAGCACCCCAACAUCCACGACGGCAUGUGGCAUUGCUCCAACUGCGGCAUCCCGGGAACGCUGGCUCCCGGACGCCGCAAGGGCCCGCUGGGCGACAAGUCGCUGUGCGGACCGUGCGGCAAGUACUACCACCGCCACCGAAAGGUCAUCAUGCUCGACUACACGCGUGACCUUGCCCACCACAUGAAGCAGCAGCAGAGCGGCCAGGCGCAGCGCAAGGCCAGCGUGCCCAGCAUCUUGCUCGACAGUGCGCUCCUCUCGUCGCUCGGCGACCAGGACGACUCGACCGAGCCCAACUCGGCGGGCGACACGCCCCGGGCCGAUCUCGGCGAUGCCUCUGUGGGCGGCGGCGACGGCGACGGCAACAGCAACGACAACGCGCUGGGCGUGGUCCGGAAGACGGGCUCGCGGUCCCGCACGCCGCGCGCCGCAUCGCCCGACCUGCCGUUUGAGCUGGUCGGCAGCCCAGACGACAGCGACUCGUCGUCGCGCUCCGAGAGCCCGGAGCCUGUGGCGACGCGCAAGUCGUCGGCGCGCGACGCCUACCAAGAACGAGCGGGUGCCAAGCCGCCUGCCGAGCACCGCGACGAGCGGAGCGGCGGGGGCGAGGAGGGCGAGCUGGAAGAGCAGGGCGAGAUCAAGGGGUCCGACCCGGCCAAGACGGCGCCGCCGAACGCCGCAACCAGCUUGGCCUCGGCGCCUGCCGCUGCAGCGGCCGCCUCGGCGAGCCCGUCGUCGAUGCCGAGCGUCAAGGUGCCCACGACUGGCGUCAAGGGGCAGCCGCUGACGCCGGCCGAGUGGCUGCUGCAGUCGGCGGCGACGCUGCGCGCCAGAUACCCCAACGAUCGUUUCGAGAUCCAGCCGCGUCCCGUGCCCGCCCAUCUGCCCACGCCGGCGGUGCCCGAGUGGCGGGUGCGCUGCCUCGACUGUCCCGGCAAGCUCUACACGCCUGGUCCUGGUGAAUCGCUCAACAACUUUGAGAUCCAUCUGCGCAACCGGCAGCAUCGGGCCAAUGUCAACAGCAGGGUGUAUGGCGGCGCGGCGGGCUCUCCGCCGCCUGGCGCCGGCUCGGUGGGCACGCCGGGCUCGGCAAGGAGCCCGUCGAUGUCGUCGGCCGCAGCGCCUGCCGUUGGGGGUACGCCCGGCCGUCCUUGA